GGAAGACGAAAGUAAGAAAUUAUUCAAUGCAGCGUAUAAAUUGUACCCUGUCUCCAUCCACGCCGUUCGGAGGUCAUGGCAGCUGAAAUGUCAUGUCUGGCAGGUGUUGAUGGAGAUGACAAAGAUGCGGAUUCUGAUAUCAAUGCCCUUACACUCCUGCAAGAGCCAGUGAGAAUGGCACAAGAAUCGGCCUCUUGCAACAAUUCUUUCAGCAAGCCUCCUCUGAAAGAAAACAGUGUUCUAGAUGUCCUGUCCAAUACAGAUAUGUUGUCUCCAGUUGGCUUGGGAAAUGGACCUACUUCACAUCAGGCUACACAGGCCCAUGAACUCAACAACAUCUCAACAGAGAAAGAGGAGGAAAAGAGCAUCACCCCUCUAAAAACAGUACAGGAAAUUGACACUGCAGGAAUCUGGGGUUUUGACGAAUCACCUGAGAACUCAUUGGAUAAUUUCAGUAGUGCCAGUGACCUCCAUUGGGACCCUCAUAAAGAGUUUAUGCAGUUUCUGUGGGAGAACCACGGUGAUUCCCCUGGUGAGGAACCGAAAGAUGAAGUUCUGCCUCCAAACAGCCAAAGGAGAAGGAAACGGAAAAUGGACAUGGUUGUCAUGGUGGAUCCCUCAGAAGACCUUUACCCUGAUAUGAGCCACAAGUCAUCUGAGGAUUUGUCUGAUGCAGAAGGCCAAGUAGACUGUAUUCCUGUCAGAAAAGUCAGAAAGUCAAGGAAAUUUUCCAAUUCACAGUCAUCACCAACUGGUAAAGUUACAAAGUAUCCCAAUGGAACUGUGAAGGCCAUCAAGCAAAUUCUUUACAAUGCACCCCCAAGAAAUUCACACGAGAACCAUCUAGGUCAUGGGCUUUCACCAUUGAAGGGGAGGCUCACAAUAAAUUCCCAUUCAGAGGAGAAGCCAUCAUGUUACCCUUGCUCAAAAUGUAAGCUCAUUUUCAAGAAAGAGCACCAUUUGCAUUGCCACAUGAAGUCUCAUGUGGACCCUCCGAAUAUUUCGCCAAAGCCUUUUGUAUGCCAGGAAUGUGGACAAUCGUUCAGACAAAGUAGUGCGCUAAUUGAGCACAUGUCCAUACACCAGGAAAAGAGAGCAAGACUCACUGAAGACAUCAAAGACAGAAGUGAAAAGAAGAACAAGGAUAAAAAUGUAAAGCUUUUCUGUCCUCAGUGCCCAUUUGGAACAAACUGCCCAAACACGUUUGUUCAACAUGCGAAAACACAUGAGAAGGACAAAAGAAAGUUUAGAUGUGACAAAUGUAGCUUCAGGACUCUGAGUGAGAAUGAUCUUAGGAGACAUAACAUUAUGCAGCACACUGUUAUUACGGUUAGAAAGCAGGUCCAGAAUGAUGACUCAGAAAUUUUCUCUUGUAACAUUUGUUCUUAUAGAGCUUUUAGCAAAAAUGUUUUUAAGAAUCACCUUCUGCGUCGUCAUCAACAAACUUUUGAGGAAUACAAAGCUGAACAGUGUCGCGAGAAAAAUGCACAACCAUCUAAGGAGCAACAUGUGCCCACUAGUAAGACCCCAGUAGAAGAUGCUGAGUUUACAUCUAAAAUCUUAAUAAAAAAUCAAAUCUCUAAAAGAACUUGUUCACCCAGCGAUUCCAAUGACAUUUCAGACUUAUUCAAAAAUAGCAAGAUUAAGAGAGGUCUCAAGUCUCAACUAACGGAAUCAAAGCUUGACAAAUCCAUUAAUGUUCUCCUGUCCCGACAAAGACAUGGAAAGAAGACUACAGAACAGAAGAAGGAAAGCAGUAAUUGCAGCACAUCUGUUCAGGAUUCUGAAAGUGACAAAGAUGGCUCUGAUCAGUUGCCAGGAACAUUGACUGUCAAAGUUGAAGAUUCAGCUUUAUCCCCAAAUGGUCAUAGAUUGUCAUCCAGAGAUGCUGAGAGAGAUCCCAACAGAAGCAGUGUACACAAGUUAAACAUAGAUCAGUUAACCGUCAAAAAGUCACCGUCUAAAAGAAAGAUGUCCACCCCAUACCGCAACACCUCUGACCAAGACUCAUGCUUCAUCUUACCAAAACCUUUGCCAAGUCCCAAGAGACUAAACCAAGGAGAGAUGGAAGACUGUGACGAGAAAGACAUUUUCCAGUUUAAGGAUGCAGAUGCCAACACUAACCUUUUUGACAAUGACAUCAAGCAAGAAAAACAAAACAUAAUUUAUACCUAUAGCAGAAGAAUGUCUAUGAGGGGUGCCCUGCAAGCAUCAAAAAUGCUGUUUGAGAAAAUUAAGACUGAAGAGCAGGAUAAGAGUGACCCUGAAAUCAAAGAAGAAUGCAUAGAAACAGAAGUAUUUCAAGACACUUUUGACUCCCACCCAAUACCAUUGAGAGAACCCUUCACAGAUGAUAUGUCGGAGUUGGAAUCGGACCGCAAGAACUGUCCAUACUGUCCUGCCAUCUUUGAAUCAGGUGUUGGAUUGUCCAAUCAUGUCCGAGGGCAUCUUCACAGGGUUGGACUGAGCUACAAUGCCCGCCACGUAGUGCCUCCUGAGCAGGUGGCUUCUCAAGACAGGAGGCCAAGAAUUAGACGGAAGAUUUCAGCAUUCCGGAGAUUGAAAAAAGCGUUACAGUUGGAGUCAGAAUCUGAGACUGUGAAGAGUAUUCACUCCUGUCCAUUAUGUGGGGACUCAUUUGAUAACAGGACUGGGCAGUCCAACCACAUACGUGGCCACCUCAAAAAGCUUGGUAAAAGCUUUGCAACAAAGAACAAAUCCCCAUUAUUUUUACUCCGGGAGUUAAUGCGCGACAAAAAGGAAUUCCAGAAGGCGCUCCAAAUUUUGGGAAAGAGACGGAACCAUUUCCAAUAUGGUGCUUCACCAAAGCUGUCCAGUGUUGAUCGUUUCAUGCCAACCGCCAUUGGAAUCCCAAAAAAUAAUUCUGUUUCAAGUGUUUGCACUGACGCCAAACCACAGAUGCCCACAUUUUCUUUAGCAGAAAUGGAAUCUGACAAAAGGCAACUAGACACUAAGUUGGAUGUUAAAAAUUCACUCUCAGGCACAAAUGCCUUGAUAGGAAUUCUGAAGAAGAGGAAGUGUCAGGAAGACUCCAAACUAAAAGUGUCUCAUAUGUCAAGAAACAUGUUAACAGUUUCUUCAAACAGCGAGCACAGUUCAGGAUCAAGAUUUUCAUCUUCACUGCCAAACUCCGAGAAAGGUGAAUUCAACAGGAAGGUGUGUGUCCAUUGCAAUGCAACUUUCCAUAGUGGAGUGAGCUUGUCAAAUCAUCUCCGGGCAUAUGCAAAACGAAAAAGGAAUGCCUUACUAGACGGAACCACAUUUGACUGUAAAGCAAGACGGCAACGCUCAAGACCUGGCUCUAAGAAGAAGACACUGCCCUUACCACAAACUCCAGAGGAUAUGUACAGACUUACAUGCAGGUUCUGUGACCUCGUCUUCCAGGGUCCCUUGUCAGUCCAGGAGGACUGGAUUAAACAUUUACAGAGACACAUUAUGAACACUAGUGUCCCCCACACUGGGCUAGGCAUGGUAGAGGUCACUUCGCUGCCCAUGGACCCCACUACCCUCAAGACUGACCAAGACAGCUCUCAGACAGCCGCACAUGCUGCCUCAUGA